AUAACCUCUCUCCCACGAUUACUUCCCCACCUCCAUUGGAAGGGAAUGGGGAAGGCUCCCUAACCACCGGAGCCGAAGGCGGAGGCGACCGGCGCGUCCUCGGACUCCUCGCCGGUGAGUGACAGAGCAAUAUUAGUUCUGGCAAGAGUAAUUACAGUUGAACUUUUUUCUGGGUGGGGGUUGGGGUUCCUUCAAGCAUUGGUGCCUUUUAGCAUCCUAAGAGGUGCCAUGUACAACGAGAACUCAAUCGUUGAUUACUUGAGGGCAAAAGUAUCUGGUAUAACAUGAGAAAGUGGCCGUGUGGUUCUAUGUAGUCGAACACUGGAGAUAAUCAAGCAACCUUGAUGGUCCCCUCCUUCUAACAUCUGGUUCGUAUCUACUAACUGGUGACUGCAUGCUGUACUGUUCUCCAUACAUAUAUAUAAAUGAUAUGUACACCCUCAACUUGCUGAACACUACCACAUCCUUAGUCAACACUGGGAUUCUGCAUUAGUUCUGUUUUUUCUUUCUUAAUUGGACAAAAUGGACCUUGCAUCUCAGGGUUUGAUAACACAACAACAAAAGGAAAAUGGCCGAAGACCAGUUGGUAGCUCGCAAAUUUGGACACGCUAUGGUGUUCUGCUUCCAAGCCAGCAGACUCGGAAGCUAAAAGAAUGGGUUCUGACUGAUGAACAACAACAACUGGUUAAUGCUAGUGGUCUUGGACAUCUUGCACUCACCACUGGAUUUACCAUUGAUCGUUCUUUGCUUACAGCCUUUUGUGAGAGAUGGAACAAUGAAACAAAUACUGCACAUUUCAUGGGAUUUGAAAUGGCACCAUCACUUCGUGAUGUUUCAUACAUUCUUGGCAUUCCAGUUACUGGUCAUGUGGUGACCGCAGAGCCAAUUGGUGAUGAAGCUGUGAAGCGGAUGUGCUUGCAUUAUUUAGGAGAGUGCCCUGGAAAUGGGGAGCAAUUGUGUGGCUUAAUCAGGUUGACUUGGUUGUAUAGGAAAUUCCAUCAACUGCCAGAUAAUCCAACCGUCAAUGAGAUUGGAUAUAGCACCCGAGCAUACCUUCUAUACCUGGUUGGUUCCACCUUGUUUCCUGACACUAUGAGGGGAUUUGUAUCCCCAAGAUAUCUACCACUGUUGGCGGAUUUUAGGAAGAUCCAUGAGUAUGCUUGGGGGGCUGCAGCACUUGCUCAUUUGUACAGGGGAUUGUCUGUUGCUGUAACACCAAAUGCCACAACACAGUUUCUCGGCAGUGCAACUUUGCUCAUGGCCUGGAUUUAUGAGUAUCUUCCUAUAACUCAACCGCAACAAAAGAACCAGAGCACUUUGCUGCCCCGGGCUUGCCGGUGGAACUUUGGUGGAGCAACACGUGGACAGAGAAAGAAAGUUAUGGAGUGGAGAAAAGUUUUCGAACAGCUUCAGUUUUCUGAGGUUAAUUGGAACCCAUACAAGGACAUGAAUCCAGCAAUUGUUCCAGAAUAUUGCAUUGCAGCAGAUAACAUCUGCUACUCUCGGACUUGGCUAAUCAGCUUUAACAUAAAGGAGGUGUAUGUGCCUGACAGGUUUGCUAAGCAGUUUGGAAGGGAACAAGGUCGCCUCCAUGGGGUGCCAAUGUGGGCAAGAAGAACUUGGAGUAAGUGGAAGGACUGGAGGGUUGAGUAUGCUCGUGAGAUUGAGGAGUUCCAUCAGUUGGUUGGCUGCUGUUUCACCCCUUCUGCAGAAACCAAUAUCAACUCCCUCCCACCAGAUGAGUCUGUAGCCGGACAGAAUGCUUCAGGAUAUAGUCGGAAUACCUCUCAUAACUUUUCUACGAUGGUUGAAGAUUUGAAGAAUGAUCUCCCAGUAAUUGAUGGUUAUCUGGAGGGACAGUUACUUCCUGCAGAGGUUGCAAGCUUCCUUGAGAGGGUGGGUAUGAUGCUCAAGAGCUACUCUCCGCCACAGGGCCAUCGAAGGAGAGAUCAAGCAGCUCAGGGCCAGACCGGGACUCCCAGGUCAAAGAACCCAAGAAAAAGGGGGAGACCUUCACUCUUUCAAGAUCCUUCAAGCCCUCAAAAUCCGAGUGUAAAUCGGUACACAGGUGUGCUAGUACCUUAUCAGUCUAGCAAGAGUGACAUCGUGUUUGAUGGUACCGUUCCUCUACUAAAUGGAAGUGAAGCAUUCAAGGAACAAGAGGCCAUGGAGCCCUGGCAAAUCUCCCAUCCGACGACACAGUCUGCGUCAUCGCCAGACUCUAUCUCACCAGAAUCAAGGAGGAGGUUGCCUCAAGACAGGGACGAAACUCAAAUUCCAAGGGACACUGAUGGCCUCCGAAGGAGCGGAAGACUCUGUGUGCAGCAGAAAAUGUUCAAGCACAGGGAUGGAGUGGGAGCUGAGGAAGCUAAUCCGAUCUUCCUCUGAUGGAGACCGCUGUCUCUCGGUCUUCCCAUUGCACAAAGUUGCUGAAAGAAAACUUGGAUCGGUUGCUGUGCCGCUGACAGUUAGCUGGUUGUGUAGGGUUCUAGCGUAGGUGUUGCUGCUAGUGGUAGCUGCGCAUACCACAGCGCUGAGCUUUUGCAAGCAUCUCUCCAUGUUUAUAUUUCAGCAUGUAGCGCGAAAGAUAGAUGCCGCAAACUGUGGUUUGUCUGCUGGAUGAUGGCCUCCCUAGUUAAUCUGCAGCUCUACAAAAUCAGAUGUCUAGUGAUGAUGACAUGUAAUCUUUAGUGACCCUGUUUGCUGCAUGGAUGCAUGCUCGUGCUU